GCAGGAUUCGUCUCCGCGCUCUUUUUUCCCUUUUCCCGGUUCCCUCCACUGGCCGUCUCCCCCAACCUCAAAAUUCGAAAGCUGGGGCGCCCUGCGGCCGCACAGGAUGCUCCUGUCACCGCACGGACGGCUAGGAUCUCACCGAGACGCCUCGGUCGCCGUGCCCGCGCCCAAACCGGUUAGGAAGGAAAUAAAAUGGAAGACGUCCUCGUCUCCAUCGCCGGUUGUGUCUCCUCCUAUCCAUUUCUCCAGUCGUUUCUCUCCCCUCGCGCUGCCCAUGGCCAUCCCGGAGGACCUAGAGGGGACCUCGGGCGAUGGCGGGGUGACGAAUCGCGGGAGUAGAGGGCGGCGAAAAGGCGCGGCGAAGGGGCGCGGGAGGGGCAGGCCGCGGAGCGCCGACAGAUCCUUUCCGCCGCCGGCGAUGGCUGGGGUGGCGGUCGGGGACAGGGUGCUCAGGGAGAGGAGGCACACGACCAACGUUUUCUGCGAGCGCGACACGGAUGUUGACGAUGAGUCCAUUUAUUUUCAGGAUGAUGUUGAGACAGUUAGGUCCAAGGACUCAAGGAGUGGCGAUGUUUUACAGACUGCAAAAAAGAGGAAGAAGGGAGGUGCAGGGAAGGUUUCUGUCACAAAAAGGUCGAAAAGAGAGGGUGAAGAACAAAAGAAGGCAUCACCCUCCAAGGAUAAAGAUUGUGCUGAAACUAAUGGGAAAAGGAAGAUGUUGACUGGGGAUAAUGCCCUGAUGUGCCACCAGUGCCAGAGGAAUGAUAAAGGGAGGGUGGUCUGGUGUAAUUCAUGCAGAAAUAAGCGCUUCUGUGUGCCAUGCAUUGAAAGAUGGUAUCCUAACUUGUCAGAAGACGAAUUUGCUGCAAAAUGCCCAUAUUGUCGCAAGAACUGUAAUUGCAAAGGAUGCCUUAGAAUGAGAGGGGUUGAAGAGCCUCCAAAGAAGGAAAUUUCUGAAGAAAAUCAAAUCUCUUAUGCUUGCAAUGUUGUGCGCUUGUUGCUUCCCUGGUUGAGAAAACUGCGACAGGAGCAGAUGGAGGAGAAGAAAUUGGAGGCUAAAAUAAAAGGUGUUUUGGUGAAUGAGAUGAAGUUGGAACAAGCUGAAUAUAAUCUAGAUGAGCGUGUCUACUGCAAUAAUUGCAAAACUUCUAUAGUUGAUUUUCACAGAAGCUGCAAGUACUGCUUUUAUGAUCUGUGCCUUGACUGCUGUGUGGAGAUCCGCAGAGGUGAGAUUCCUGGAGGAGAAGAGAUAAUGAGAGUAAAGCCUGAAGAUAGAGGCCGAGCAUAUCUUUUUGGUACUACUAACUCAAAGGAUGGGAGUAAAAGGUUCUCCAUGAGGAGGCACAGCUCAUCCCUGGAGAAUGAGCCUUCCAAUGUAGUAGGUUCUAGUGAGGGGGCAAAUAACUCUCUGGAGCUGUGGAAAGCAGAAAGUGAUGGUAGCAUACCUUGCCCACCAAAGGAGCUAGGAGGCUGUGGCGGUUCGAUUUUGGAUCUCAAGUGUUUUUUUCCAGAAAAGAUGCUUUCAAAUUUAGAAGAACGAGCUGACAGAAUUAUGAGGAGCGAAGUAUUUGCAAAAGCAGUAGCCAAAAGAAGUGACCAGUGCCCUUGUUAUGACCAUUCAGGAAACAUAAGAACUCAGGACGUGCGAGAGACUGCAAAUACGAAAGGCUCAAGUGAUAACCAUCUCUACUGCCCAGUUGCCACUGCUAUCAAGGAGGAUGACUUGGCGCACUUUCAGAUGCACUGGACAAAAGGCGAACCAGUUAUUGUUUCUGAUGUUCUGCAUUUGACUUCUGGUCUAAGUUGGGAACCAUUAGUUAUGUGGCGGGCAUUGCGAGAGAAAAAGACUAAUGGUGACGUAGAAGAUGAGCACUUUGCUGUCAGGGCAUUAGAUUGCCUUGAUUGGUGUGAGGUGGAAAUUAACAUACACAUGUUUUUUGUGGGAUAUAUGAAAGGCAGAACGCAUCACAUGACACACUGGCCUGAGAUGCUUAAGCUAAAGGACUGGCCGCCAUCUAGUUCUUUUGAUCAGAGAUUGCCUCGCCAUGGUGCUGAGUUUAUCAGUGCAUUGCCAUUUCCUGAGUACACUGAUCCUCGAUAUGGUCCGCUGAAUCUUACAGUCAAGCUACCUGAUGGUGCAUUGAAGCCAGAUCUUGGACCAAAAACUUACAUCGCUUAUGGAUUUUACCAAGAGUUAGGCAGGGGUGAUUCUGUGACCAAGCUUCACUGUGACAUGUCUGAUGCGGUAAAUAUAUUGACACACACAGCACAAGUGCCCUAUGCGCGUUAUCAACUUGAGAAGAUAGAGGAAACCAGAAAGAAAAUGAAAGAACAAGAUCUUCAGGAACUUUAUGGUGUUUCAGAACUAAACCUAUCAUCACCUUUUACUGAUUCCAGGAAUAUAAGUGCUGAUGAAAUGUCAAAGACCUCAUGUAACUAUGGUUUGGACGUCAAUGAUGUACCACCUGUUAAUAAUGAAUCUGAGGUACAAAGUGGGGCAGGCCAGUGUUCAGAUUACAUUGACAAGGAUAGAAGUUAUGCUGGGAUGCAUAACGGGGAGAGAACCGGUGGUGCCUUAUGGGAUAUUUUCCGAAGAGAAGAUUCUGACAAGAUACAAGAUUAUCUUAGGAAACAUGCCACGGAAUUCCGGCACAUCUUUUGCAAUCCUGUGAAGCAGGUUAUUCACCCAAUUCACGAUCAGACUUUCUACUUAACCGAGGAGCAUAAGAGAAAGCUCAAGGAAGAAUAUGGUGUUGAACCCUGGACGUUUGAGCAGAAGCUUGGUGAAGCGGUUUUCAUUCCUGCUGGAUGUCCUCACCAAGUGAGGAACUUGAAGUCUUGCAUUAAGGUUGCGAUGGACUUUGUCUCCCCAGAAAGCGUCAACGAGUGCAUGAAACUGACUGGAGAGUUUAGGCGGCUUCCACCUGAUCACAGGGCUAAAGAGGAUAAGCUGGAGAUCAAGAAGAUUGCUCUUCAUGCUCUGAACCAAGUAGUAAAUUUCUUGGAUCCUUCCUCGGAGUGGUCGAAGAGUUGGUUUGCCCAACUCAAGAACAAAAAAAAGGCUGGAGCUGAAGAACAGGAGAAGCCUAAAAGGAAGCGUGGCCGCCCAUGUCGCAAGUCCAACGAUGAAGCUGCUGGCGAUAGGCACAGAAAGAAGGGCGGCCGCCAAAGAGGUCGGAAGAGGGGAUACGGCAAGUCCAAAGAUGGCGCUGGCGCUGUUGAUGUGAAGCCUCCUAAAAGGCAGCGCAAUCUCCUGAAAGGCUCUGGCAAUCGUGUAGGUGGUUGAUUGUUUCACUGCUGACUGGGAAGAUGGAAGGCGUAAGGGCUGUACCGACCCAACCUUGACGUGGUUAUUUUGGUACCAGGUUGUAAGUGUAGACUCUAGAUUGUAGAAUAGACCAGGCAUUUCGUCACCCCUGGGCGCCAUUAUGGCGUCUUGCUUUUGUUCAUAUGUGGCGAUUGCCGGUUGACACCGUUUUGGAAGAAUAAUAUGCUAGAUGCUCGUUGUACCAGACUCUUCAUGUAGCGGGCUAUGGUGAAUUGCUGUUCAGCAUGUCUGAUGCUGAUGUUGGUAAUUGACCUGAAUAGAUGUGGUCAUUUGAACUCUCUGGAUUCUGAUUUUACA